UAUUUUUAAUAACUGUUAAUUCGUUGAAACACAAAUAAUGAGCAGUCGGAGGCUUUGAAAUCAGCUCGUCAAAAGUUUCAGUCAGUGGAAUCUGAGGCAUCGAAGAGCUCAGAGUUAUUAAAAGGGAAGCUGGAGGGAUUGAAGGAGAAGGUACAGGGAGUCAUCGACGAAGCAGGAAAAACGGAGCUGGAUAAAAAAGCUGGGUAAUUGGAUUAUAUCACAGACCGCAGAAGUCGUUAGGAAAGAAUUAGACAAUCAUGGGAUUCAAGGACGAGUCUAUGUACUAUUGACUAAAUUGAGAAAACGAGAAGAGAUAUUAGAGAGUGAAGAGAAAAUGGUUGAGGCUAACACAGAGCCGACCGGUGUUCUGGACAAGGGGAAUAGUUCAACAUUAAAAUUUGAUGGAAAUAGUGGCCAGAAACUAGCGUGUGGAAUUAUCGCGAGAUCAUCAGGAGUCUUCGAAAAUACGAAAAGAAUUUGUGCCUGCGAUGGGACGACCCAGUGGGAUGAGCGAGAUGAGUCUAAACAAAAAGGUUCAUUCAAAAAUACUUUCAUAUAUCCAGUGUGUGGUAAUAAUCUUUAAAUUCGACCCAGAGUGGAUAGUGCACUUUUUGAAAACUACUAUAAAUUUAUUUCUGUAUGCAGGUCAUGUAAAAGUCAUAUCAUUCCAUAAUAUUCCUGAUGAAACAUUUUUAUAUUUCAGUUUUUACUUAUGAGGAGG